UGAAUAUGUGAUUUUUUUGGGGAUGUUCCUUGUGCAAAAAUGCAUUUAUGCUCUUAGUAACCAACGAGAGAAAUAGUUGAUAACUAAACUGCCACCUUGUUUCUCUCGUUGUUUAUGGUGAAUUCUAUUAUAUUUCCAUCUGUCAACUCUAUGAAGUUGAUACCUCAUACCCAUUACUCAGUUGUUGACCAAACAAGUUGCUGCUUCUCGUAAAUCUUCAGCACCAAGGGAGAGUGUGAUUGUUGUGAUGCACAGUAAUCAAAGUAAGUGUGAUGUUGAGGCCGUGGAUUGGGCUCUCAAGCAUGUGGUUCGACGAGGAGACGAUGUUAUUGUGCUUGGAGUUAUAGAUGGGUGUGGAGUGAAGGCCACGUGCUUCCCUUUCAACAUGGCCAUGGGUUUUUCUGCAAUUUGGGAAAGAUUAGAUUGCUCAACAACAGGACAAGAGCUAAGACCGAAGGAACUUGCAGAAGAAAUUGAGAGAAAGAAACAACAGUGGCAGAGUAAACUCCAGCCAUUCUAUCGAAGAUGCAAGAAGAACGAGGUAAACUUGGAAGCCAAGCUUACAUUUGGUUGCUGCCCUGUAAAAAUCACAGUAGAGCAAGCUCAGAACUCAAAUCCUCGUUGGAUUAUCUUGGAUAGCUACUUGAAGAAGUAUAAAAUGAUCAUAUACAACCAAGUAGGCUGCAAUAUUGCAGCAAUGAAGGGAAAUGAUCUGGCAACUUUGAUUCCAUCAAGAAACGGACAAGGUGGAACAUCUGGUACUGCUGCUUCUUGUGGAAAUCAAAACAAGCUUAACGUUCCGGAUGAUGAUGACUCAUCAUCAGCAUCUAGGCAAGCAUCAGCAGGACAAAGCCCUGCAUGGUAUCCACUAUCAUGGAGAAGUGGGGUUCCUCAAGCUUUUUCAGAAGCAGAACUUGAAGUGAUAACAAAUGGUUUCUCCAAAGAGAACGUUAUUCUAAACGAGAUGGCAUUGGAGUAUAUGAAGGGAUGCUCCAGGGACGUCCUGUCCUGGAUCCGCCACCGGAAUAUACUGAAUCUUGUGGGACACUGCUGCACUGCCACCAAAUUGUUCUUGAUUUUCAACUACCCUUGCAUGGGUAAUCUGGAAAUCAACAUUCUAGUUGAUGAUUGGGCCAAGAACUUGCCCUGGAAAGCAAGGUGGCACAUUGCUCUGGACAUUAGCGGAAGCCUGCGGCAUCUUCAUGAAGAAUGUGCGACUGAUGGAACCAUUGUUCACCUUUCUGUUUGUUCUUCUUAUGUUACCUUAUCUUGUGGUUCCAUCACCAUGCUUGCCUACUUUGCAUCCGCUAGAGUCCUUAAAGAUGAAAGGGCGAGUAACGAUGACGCUAGAACAAGGCAGGGAAAUGAGGAGCGGGAUCAACUGAUAGCUGUAGACAUACACGACUAUGGAGUGCUCCUGAUUGAGCUCAUCAGUGGAAUGAGUGCGCGGCUGUUCCAGAGGCAAGGUGUGGGACAAAGCCUGAUUGACUGGGCACUGCCACUUCUGGAGGGUUCCGUAGAUGCAGUGUUGGAUCCGAGAGUGUCAAAGGAGAUGAAUGAUAGCAGGAUGAUUCAGUAUUUGGUAAAUGCAGCUUUGCUUUGCCUGAGGAGUAAUCCUUCUCCUCGCCAUUGCCUCUCCAUGGGCCAGGUCUUGGCAGUAGUUAGAGGUGACCAACUUGCAAAUGACAAAGCAGUGAGAGCUUUUCCCAGAUGUAAACAGGAAAAUGCGAACACACUACUAUGGUUUGGAAUAAUGGUCUCUUUUUUAUUUCAUGACCAAGAUUGGACUCAUUUUAACCGUAGCAGAUGCCACUGGAGCUUCGCCCCUCCCCAGAAAAUUGCAGCACUUUCAGGAGAGUAGGCGUCGCAGGAGCCACACCGGUGACUAGGCUGUAGGGGUUGCUGGAUAGUAAUGAUAUAUAUGGUUCAUUUUCGGUAGUGAAAAGAUGUUGUUUUAAUACUGAGAUGAUGUUGUUUUAGUACCGAGAUGAUGUUUUUCUACUAGUGGUAUGCUACAUUUUUAGUAGUGGUAUGGUGCCUUACUGGUAGUGAUUUCCCAGUUGAACUGCGUUGGUUACCAGAUUGUAGCGGUAUAUUGCAUUAUUGUACAGACAUGGUGCCUUAUACUACUGGCUAGUCCAUGUAGCACCACUAAUAUAAGUCGUAAACCACGAAUUUAAAUUUUGAUCAUACAAGAUAAACACACAACGUUACU